AUGGCGUUUAGAGCUGGAGCCCACCCCUCGCCGUUGGAUGACAUCGGGCAUGGCACUCAUGUGGCGAGCACAGUGGCAGGGAACACGGUCGCCGAUGCCAGUGUCCUCGGCCAAGCCUUAGGCAAUGCGGUGGGCAUUGCACCACGUGCUCACAUAGCGGUUUACAAGGUCCUGUACAAUAGUAUAGGCACAGAGAGCGAUAUCCAUGCCGGCAUAAACCAAGCCAUCGCCGAUGGCGUCGAUGUGCUCCAAAUGUCCCUGGGCGCAGCUUCUCUCCCACUCCAUAGAGGUGUCAACCUGGGCUCUUUUGCCGCAAUCCAGCAUGGAAUAGUCCCUUGCGCUGCCGCCGGUAACUCUGGCCCGCAGAAAAGCGUCAUCUCCAACGAUGUCCCCUGGGUCCUGACCGUCGGGGCGGGCACAACGGAUCGAAGAAUCCGAGCCACGGUGAAGCUUGGGGAUGGCACGGAAUUGAAUGGCGAAUCUGCUUACCAACCAAGUGGGUUCCUCAACCAAAUGCCAAUUGCGCAUCCGGGAGCCAGUGGCAUUCAGGCCUACAGGGAGUGCAGAACACUGUAUGGGCUCAACGUCGGAGGUAAGAUUGUCUUGUGUUGGGGAAAAGCGGGUGGGGGAAACGUUGCCAUGGGCCGUGUAGUUAAAGCUGCCGGAGGAGCCGCCAUGAUCGUUUUGAACGAUCAGUUCCAAGCGCUCACCACCGCAGCAGAACCGCAUAUCCUUCCGGCGGUCCACGUGAACUCUCUCAACUCUCAGAGUAUUCUGAAUUACAUUGCUUCAACAUCCACACCAACGGCAACCAUUGAAUUCAAUGGAACGGUGUUCGGAGUCCCCAUGAACCCGGCGGUCGCUACCUUCUCCUCGAGAGGCCUGAGCUUGGUGAACCGUGGCAUCGUCAAACCGGAUAUCAUUGCACCCGGGGUGAACAUACUUGCUGCAUGGCCCGUUGAGGUCGGGCCUAAUCCCACCGGCAUCACCAACACUUUCAAUUUCCUCAGUGGCACAUCUAUGGCGACACCCCAUGUUUCUGGGAUUGUUGCUUUACUCAAGAACAUCCAUCCAGAAUGGUCUCCAGCUGCGAUCAGGUCGGCGAUCAUGACAACGGCAUACACUACAGAUUUUGAUGGGAAUUUUAUCAGGGACCAAUUCCCUGAUACUGGCCCUGCUGGCAGUUACUUCGCUAUGGGUGCGGGCUAUGUUAAUCCUUCAGCGGCAGCAGAUCCAGGCCUUAUUUACGACAUCGAUGAAAGCGAGUGUAUCGCCCACCUUUGCGGCACAGGAUUUUCAAAUAGACAAGUCACCACUAUCGCCCAGCGUCGCAUCGAUUGUUUUGCUCACUUCCGAAUGACUGCAGAGCAACUGAACUACCCCUCUAUCUCGCUGACUCUAGAAGCCGGUGAAAAAAAGAUCAUUAAUAGGACGGUGACGAAUGUAGGAGAGGCCAACUCGGUUUACUCGGUGCAGAUUCAUGACCCGCACCGGUGGAUGUUUCUACCAACCAGCUGUCUUUCUUUUAUGUGGGUGAGAAGCAAAGCUAUCGUAUCCAGUUUACAACCAGAAAACCCACUCCAGCACCUGGUUCGGUCAGUCGAGGACAGCUUUCAUGGGUUUCAGACAAGCACGUUGUAA